UCUCUCUCUCUCUCUCUCUCUCUCUCUCUCUCGUGGUGUUUCUCCCUAAGUGUUAACAUCCAUAUCAAUUUUCGAGCAGUGAAAUGAAUUUAUGUCAGGUGUACAUACAAAAACAACGAUUCUUUAUUACUUAUUGACGUUGAAUUCCAUCUGUUUAGAUAAACUGGAAUAAUGGUGAUUUUUUAAAGCCACUGAUGCAUGUACACAAACCAUUUUACAAAGCUUUGCAUGUUUAAAUGUCCUAACUAUUGGGGACACAAUUACCGUAUGUUGGAAUAUUCUUGCCUGUCGGUUUAUUAAAUUCAUCAUUAGGCUGACUGGGGAACUCUCUUACGUUUAAGAAUGUCCGUCCGACCUUUGAACGUGUUUACGGUUCAGGAAGGGAAAGGAGGAAAUUCCAUUCCUCCUGCAGACGAUCAACUUGUUCAAUAUCCGCGACUUCCGCCAAUCAUUUCAAAGACACACGACGGUAAAGGACGUGCCCCACCGAGUUACAACUCACUGUUUUUGAUUCCUACUCCGACGAAACACAAGUCAAAGAUCUACGAAGAUGACCUUCCGACAUGUUGGGAAAAACAGGGCUGUCUCUGUGAAAAUAACAGGCUGUUAUACGGCUUGGGUGGUUUUACGUUGAUGGUUACAGGGAUAGUGUAUGCAUACGAGGGUUUCACCAAUGCAGAUGAUUGCCCUCUGGCCUCCUCUAUUCCCCAAAUUCUCAGAAUAGAGGGACUCUCCGUGUUGGGAUACAUACUCUUACACAUAAUUCUGUUAAAAUAUGGCCAUCCACAGGCAGCGAGGAGAAACGAGGAGGACAUCAUCAAACAUCAGUCCAACUACACAAUGUUUGCAGUUUUCUAUUUAGCUUAUGUCCUUUACCUGUAUGUGCUGUGGAUCAUUGGCUGUUCUGAGGUGUUUGGCAUAUCAAAUGAAUCUGUGGACAAAUCGAGGAAAUUCGGAAGCGAGGCUAGCAAUGAGACCUGGUACUGCGCCGCUGAAUUUUUUGACUUUGCGUACUACAGCAGAAUCGGACAAACUGCCAUUCAAGCUUUGAUAGGAUUGAUAAUUAUUUUUUAUUGGAUAUCUGUCAAUCCAAAUGAAAAUCAGAGAUUUAUGAAAAAGAAAUGGCUGCUGUGGUUUCAGAUUUUAGACCAUGACCAAGAUGGAAUCAUCUCUCAGUCUGACGUCAUCAAGACUAAUGAAAAGCUAGAAUCCAUUCGUAUAUAUCUCAAACAAAGGGAUGUACCAAUGGACAGAGCCAAAACGAUAGCCUGGUGGAAAUCACAUGUGUUACGUAGGGGCACCAACUCCAUUACUUUUGAGCUGUUUGCCAAUAGUCACGAUAAUUUUAAUGGUCAAUACACCAACUCCAAUGAGUUUCAAUCGGCAGCUCGACGAUGUGUGGUGGAGUUUUUCGAUUUCUUCUCUACGCACGAACAAGGACGAAAUCAUCCAAUAGACGACGAAAAAUUUGUGCGAUUUUGGAAUAUGCUAGCGGGUAUCGAUGAAAAACAUGCGCGGGCGAAAUUAAUGGAUUUUCCAAAACUUCUCACUACUGGUGACUUAAUGCAUGCAUGGAUAGGAUUUUUACAAAAUAGCAACCGUUUCCAAAAUCAGUUUUAUCAAUCCCAGGCUGUGUAUAAUGUAUUGAAGAGGGAGAAAUAGAGAAAAAAACGGGUUGUGCUUGAUUAUGUUCAUAAUUACAUGUAACACGGGCUGUUACCCACGUUCAAUGUUCCUGCAACUUCUGAUUUUUGAAAGUACUAACAAGAUCCGUCAAAAAGCUGUAUGAUUUGAUAAAAGUCCAUUCUAGAACUCCAUUAUGAAGCCCAUCAUUAAAUGUAUAUGCACGAUUUACAACCACACAAGUUGUAAAUGUGUUCUAGUCACAAACAUCAAGGCAUUUUGAGAUGCAUAUCGAAAGAUCAACAUUGAUCUGAUUUACUCGGUAGACAACUGGAGGAUGGGGGGGGGGGGGGGGGUGUUGCAGGACUGAUAGCUCUUCGAUUCAUCUUCCUGUCAUAUUCAUUUUAAGUCGUAUCAGCUAUAAAAGUAUGCUAUUAGCUGACAAAUUAAUUUCCGUAAAACUAGUCAUUCAAUCUAGAGUUGAACGGGGAGCGGAUAUAGAAGAGUUUUCCUGUUCCUGCGUUGGUUCGUACAUUUACCUUUGUUUAAUCAUUUUAAACUCUUCUCAGAUUUUUUGCUAGGUACUCUACAUCGUCAUAUUAGAUGACUUCUUUUUAAAACAUGAAUGAAAAUAUGAAUAUCAGCAAUAUUGGUUUAUUCUAUUUAGUUUUAAUUACCUAGCUGAAUAGCUCAUCGUCGACUGCUAAACUGCAGAUCGCGGGUUCGAGUACAGCAGGGGUUUUAAUUUUUUUCAUAUUGCUUUCUACUAAAACUGCAAUUUCUGACUAAAUAAAGUAGAUUUGAAAGUUUUCAA